AUGCUAGAUAAAUAUCAACAGACAGACGGGAAUAACCUUAAUGCUUCUGAUGAUAUAAACCACGUGGGAUUCAUUCUUCUCGACCCUCACUCUUCGAAAGAUGCACUCGCAGCAUGUGAGGCUUUGAAUGAAAAGCUGCUCAGCAGUAGCACAAUAAAACGCCAAACGUCUGAUUUUCUACUUCCCCUAUCAUACCAAGCAUACCGUGGUCGCGCCUCAUCAUCACAACUAUAUAUCAUUGACGGUGGAAUUGUUUCCUAUGACUCAAUUCAUGGAUUGAGCUUUCCGAAGUCUGCUUAUAACGAUGUGAAACUGCCGGUUCUUUGUACUCAGUCUAGUGAUGAAAGUCAACCUGGAACGGCCGUCGCUAGCAGUAGCAACAAGGUUUCUGUUGGUGCAGGAGGGAAUACAUACGUCGGAUUCCGCAACCAAAAAUCAUUCCGUUUUCUCGGUAUACCAUAUGCAAAUCCACCAGAAAGAUUCGUCUAUUCUACGCCAUACUCACCCACGGGUCAGACAAUUCAAGCAACCGCAUAUGGAUCACAAUGCGCUCAGGUUUCCGGCGGAAGCGAGGAUUGUUUGUUUCUCAACAUCCAGACUCCAUAUAUUCCUAAAGCAAAUUCUACCAAGGGUUUAAGACCGGUCAUGUUUUGGAUCCAUGGUGGUGGAUACGUUACUGGAAGUGGUGCUGAUCAACUGAGUGAUGGAGGUGAUUUGGCUAGCAGAGAGGAUAUUGUUGUGGUGAAUAUUAAUUACCGGCUUUCAACCUUGGGGUUUCUGGCCAUUCCUGGAACGAAUAUUACGGGAAACUUUGGUAUUGCUGACCAAAUUAACGCUCUAGAGGUAAUACAUUCUUGGACGGUGAAAAAUAUCGCUUCUUUUGGAGGAGAUCCGAACCGAAUUACAAUCAUCGGUGAAUCAGCUGGAGCAGGAUCAGUCCGAGUACUUCUAGGCUCACCACCAGCAAUAGGAAAGUUUCAAGCUGCAGUGGCCAUGUCCAACCUCGGUGGUGGUGUAGAUCUUGGACUCUCAGGUGACUAUGCAACCACUUACUCCACAUAUCUCACUAUACCAGAAUCAUAUGCCAGAGUUGGCCAGAAUAUAUUUCAGGAGUCAGGAUGCAAUCAAGCAUCUUUACCCGAUCAAAUUGCCUGCCUCAAAAAUGUUCCCGCCUUACCUUUGGUUCAACUCAACUACGCCGCGCAAUACGUUGUUCAGGAUGGCCACUAUGUUAACACAGCGGAACUCGACCUUGUCAAUCAUAAUGGCAGCACAGCCUACGUGGAUGUGAUAUUUGGUGUCACCGCCAAUGAUGGCGCAUCAAUCGGUUCCGUCUACCCUUCGAAGCCUGUCACUUCCGAAGUAGCUGGCAUCGCUGCUUCUUUAAGUAUAUCUCAGUCCUAUGCUCAAUCUAUAAUUGAUAGUGAGCUGUUCCCUUACUACGACACUGGAAACAUCACGCUUGACUCAUUUAACGUGUCACAGCGGGUGGCGACGGAUAAAGAUUUCAGAUGUGUAGAUCAGGCAACGAUGUUCGCGGGCUCCAAAAAUAGCAUUUUCAAGUCGAGCUAUUUCUAUGAGAUGGAUAGGACCAUUGCCGGCUAUGACCCUAAUGGGCUUGGUGGACCUCAAACCUCGCCUGGCUACCCUAAUGGAAACCCAAAUUUGCCAUAUUUCAGAUUCCAUGGAGCUGAUAUGCCAUGGGUAUUUGGAGCUUUCAAUACCGGAUUGCAGUUCCGAGAUGCUGAGGACUUGUGGAGCUUGGAGUUAAGUGUCAGUUACUUUGGAGCAUUUGUCAGGACGGGAAAUCCGAAUCCAGAUGAUGGAUUUUUGAAAAGUAGGGGAUACGAAACCGCGCAGAAGGGCAUUCAACUGGCUGGAAAAUGGGAGGAGGUAGGUGCUGGAGGGGAAAAGGGCAGUAUGAUGUUGAUUGAUUGGCCAGGGAAAGCCCAAAGCUUCGUCGACUUAGAACAGUGCAAGUGGCUGGGAUAUCCAGUUGAUUAUUACGUUCAUGGCGGUAGUUAG